UCUUAGGAUCCUGUUAAGAAUACCAGCCAAUAACAUGAGGGAAGAACAAAUGAACAAUAUUCCAAAAUAAGGGAAUGCUACUUAAAAAUAUCAAUGAAACAAAAACAAAAAAACAAAAUGCAUAAUUGUCAUUUUAAGAACAUUAACUUGGGCCAGGGCAACAUCCUAUUGGAACCAUUACUUCGGUAUAUUCUUUGUGCACAUCCUGGCAUGGCUCCCACAACCCCAAAUUUGGUUACUUCUUGUACUUUUUUACUUCGGGAGAAACUACUUCAUUUAUUUUAUAUUACAGCUUGCAAUCCAAAUUAACUUGCAAUUGUACAAAGUGUGUUUGUCUGUAUGAGUGGAUAAUGACUGACAAAUGACAUAUUUCUUUGUUCUAAAUGAACCCAGAACCGCAAGUGCAGCAAAUGGCCCAGAAGGACAAAUGACAAUAUUCGGUUGUGGCAAAGUAAAUGUCUAUGAUGAUGUGCCAGCUGAGAAGGCAUGAGUACUAAUGCAGCUUGCUGCAAGCCCACUCCAAUUGCCUCUAGAAGUUCCAUUUGAAGGAACUACGGCAAGACGACCUUUGCUGUGCCAUUUACAGGCUGCAACUGUUAAAGUAGGCCCAGAUGCUCUUGUUGUAAUAUUGCCAACCUCACAAGCAGUGAACAUGACUGACAACUGUCAGCUGCAAAGGGAGGAAAGCGCCAUAUUUCAUGAAGACAACCCUGAGAGGCUGGUUGAAAUGGGUCAUUUUUCAUCCUUGUUCAAUGGACUGGCGCAGUCAUUUUCGAUCAAGAACGGGCGGAAUUCUGGGUAUUGUGGCGAACGUGAAUCUGCAGAAUCAAUGGUGAAAGAAUCAAAGAAGAACGAGUUGAUAUUGCGGUCUUCGGGGACUGUUCAUGUCAAUGGGUCGAACAAUUUUGCAUCUGUUUUCUCCAAAAGAGGAGAGAAAGGAGUGAACCAAGAUUGCUUUAUUGUGGGGGAGGUAGAUUUUUAG